CUACUAAUUGAAAGACCAAAGAAAAUUCAAUUCAAGUUGUUUAUUCAAACUUGAAAACUUACUCACUCUUCCUCUCCACAAAGACAAGUCUCCUCUUAAACAAACCAAAUUAAAACCGUUUUUCCCUUUCCAUGGCUGCAAACGAACCUUCACCGUUUGAGAGCAGCGAGAUGCUAGCUACGUUCUUGAUUUCCACGCCUCUCUUGCCGGAGUCAUGGAGGCUAUGUAGUCAGGCUAACGCCUCCGCCGCUAACGUCUGCAGUUUUGUGGUGGAGCGCGUUGGCACCAUCGUGUAUGUAGCUUUCUCUGGUGUUCAAAUGGCCGGCGGUUCGGAUCCGAGUUGGAGAACGUUGGCGCCGUUGGACAGGAUCGGUGGUGUGCCGUUGUUUUCGUCUCGUCGGAAUAAGGAAGCGGAGGAGCCGGUGAUGGUUCACGCCGGGAUGCUCAAUAUCUUUUCCUCACUUUUCAAAUCAAUCCAAAAACAGGUGUUAGGAAUACUGGCAAACACAGACACAAAAUCAAUUGUCAUCACUGGUCAUUCCAUUGGAGGAGCUACAGCAUCUCUAUGCACUCUUUGGCUUCUUUCGUACCUCCAAUCCAUCUCUUCAUCAUUACCAGUAAUGUGCAUCACUUUCGGUUCGCCAUUACUUGGUAACAAAUCAUUUUCUCAAGCCAUUUCCAAAUGGGGUGGAAAUUUCUGUCAUGUAGUAUCCAAACAUGACAUAAUGCCAAGAUUGCUAUUUGCACCAAUUGCACCUCUCACUCCUCAGCUAAAUUUCCUGCUUCAGUUUUGGCACCUUUCCAUGACUUCACCAGAAUUUGGAAAACUUGCAGUUCAAGUUUCUGACCAAGAGAAAUCUGAGUUGUUCACUGCUGUAUUGGGUCAUUUAGAAACUGCAACACAAAAUGAAGAAGCUUCUGAGUCAAUUUUGUUCUAUCCUUUUGGAAACUACUUUUUUGUAUCAGAUGAAGGAGCUUUGUGUGUCGAUAGUCCUGUUACAAUUAUAAAGAUGAUGCAUUUGUUGCUUUCAACUAGUUCUCCAUCUUGUAGCAUUGAGGAUCAUCUUAAUUAUGGAGAAUAUGUUAAUGGAUUGUCUUCGCAAAUGUUGAAUCAGAAUAACUCUAUGCUGAUGAACAUUCCUAACUCAAGCUAUGAGGCAGGGCUGGAAUUGGCCAUCCAAUCUUCUGGUAUAGCAAACCAGGAAUCUGCUGCCAUCGCUGCCAAAGAAUGUCUAAGAUUAGCAAGGAGAAUGGGUCCAUCACCGGUUCUGAAUGCUGCAAGGCUAGCACUAUCCUUAGCCAAGGUUGUACCUUACAGAGCCGAAAUAGAAUGGUACAAAGCAUGGUGUGAUAAACAAGAUGAUGAAAUGGGUUAUUAUGACACAUUCAAAACCAGAGAUUCUUCCAAAAGAGAGAUGAAAAUCAACAUGAACCGUCACAAACUCGCUAGAUUUUGGGACAAUGUGAUUGACAUGUUGGAAAGAAAUGAACUUCCUCAUGACUUUGACGAAAGAGCCAAAUGGGUCAAUGCUUCCCAAUUCUAUAAACUAUUGGUUGAACCACUUGAUAUAGCUGAAUAUUAUAGGAAAAGAGAGCAUAGAGAAGAGGGCCAUUACAUAGAACAUGGUAGAGAGAGAAGGUAUGAGAUUUUUGAUAAGUGGUGGAAGAAUAGAAACGUUACUAGUGGUGAAGAAAAUAAAGAGAGAAGCAAAUUUGCAAGUUCGACACAGGAUUCGUGUUUUUGGGCUAAAGUUGAAGAAGCAAGGGAUUGGUUGAAUGGUAUGAGAAGUGAAAGAGAUAAUAACAAGUUGGCUAUUUUGUGGGAAAAAAUUGAAAAUUUUGAGAAAUAUGCCAUUGGACUUAUUGAAAAUAAGGAAGUGUCUAGUGAUGUUUUGGCUAAAAAUUCAAGUUAUAGUUUAUGGGUUGGAGAAUUGAAAGAACUGAAACAACUGAAUGCAAAUGUGCAGAGGUUUCCUCAACAGUUUGCACGUUUUAUGGAUGGAGAAGUGGUUCCUUAGUACUUAAGUUCGAAUCAAUAAGCUUAUCUUGCUGAGCAUUGUAUGUAUAAAAAAUUGCUCCUUAUGCUAAAUAACUCCUUUUAGUAAUGAGUUAUGUCUUCUUUUUA